AUGAAGAUGAUGUUCCAAGGGGUGUCUAAGGCGAUCAGCGGUCUGCGGGCGGAGCUGGUGGCCUCGCAGAAGGGUAAGGAGAAAGUGAGUUUUGAAGAGACAGCAGACGUGGAGGCGGCGGGCGUCAAGGUGCUGGAGAUGAUGUCUUCAAUGCCAGGCGACAACUCAUUUCUUAGCAAGACAGCAGUCUCCCCAAGCCCAGCUUCACCGUCAGUUUGGCAACUAAAGCGGCGGAGACUACAUCGUCAGCAGCGGUGGUGGCCGCGGUGUCAACAUACCCAUCGGCCUGGUCGACCUACAUGA